CAUCAUCUCAGUCUUCCCUUUCUGCUUCAACUGUUUCCGCCUCCUUCUCACUUCCGCCUCAACAAAUCCCUCCUCCUGUCCUCAAUUGUGCGCAUAUAUCUUUGCGCUACUGUACAAGACUUUCACCCUGUUUUUACUACUCUUCGCAUAGCUUUUAUUCUACAUCGUCUGCUUAGGCGCUAGACCACUUCCUCCGAGUCAUCACCACACCAAACCAGCAACAUGGCUGCCGCUUCUGUCAACUCCAGCCCUGCUCAACACUCCGAAACUUCUUCCAAGAAAGCAAAGUCGAAUCAUGCUUCUAGCCCUUCUAUUGUCUCGAAGCCUGACACGAACGGCUUGGACAAUCUAGACAACCAACACUUCAAGGAAUUGCAGAGAAGCUUGCGCAAUGCUGUCAAGAAGCUGAAUGCGACCGCCAAAGUCGACACCAUCAUUGCAGAGAACCCCGGCAAAUCCUUGGAUGAGCUUGUUGUUGAGAAGAAGAUCAAUGCCGACCAGAAGGCACAGGCCCUGAAGAAGCCCUCUCUACAAGCCACCGUUGCCCAGAUUGAGGAGCAGAUUUCCCACCUCAAGGAAUUCGCUGCCUAUUACGAGGAACGCUUGGCUACCCAGAAGGCGGAGCUAGAGCAAGCUCACGAGGAGCAGCUCGCAGCUCUGCGGGAGCAGGCUGAUGCGGAUGCCGCUGAAACCAGCAAGAAGGAUUUCAGCCAACAGCUAUUAAACCUCAGCAAGUUCCUCUGCGCCGCGGCCACUAUGAGACGUUCCGGAGACGAAUCUUCGAACGAGAGCCGUGCAUUCGAAGGCGUUCUGUACCAGAUUUACGGAGGAACUCAGGAUGCUGUGUCUUCGAUGCUCAAGAUCAUCGAGGGCGCGGAUGACAAGGUCGUCGGUGUUGACGGCACCGCGCUGGAGAUCACCUAUGGUAAGGUGAAGCAGAUCGCUACUGAGCUUGCUCCUGCUUCCGAACCUGCAACUACCGAGGCGGCUCCUGAGUCGGACCCUACUGUGGCCAAUGCAGGCUACACUGAGUUGCAAGACUCAUCCUACGACUCCAGUGCUGCCGCUGCGACUGAGCCUGCCGCGGAAGAGCAAUCCGAACAGGUUGCCCCUCCUGCUCAGACUCUGACUAUCGACGGCGCCAAUCAAGUGGCUGAGGCUAGCUGGGAUGCCAAUGCGACUGAAGCUGUGGAAACUUCGCCCGCUGAAGAAUGGGUCGAGGUGCCACGGGACCCUGCUGAAACCGAGACUGGACUUGAAGCUACUCCUGCCGCUGCUGAGGCCGAGGUGAAAGCCGACACAGCUGUGACUGAGACUACUGCGCCCAGCACCGAGGAUGUUACUGUUCCUAAGCCCCAGGACGGCUUCGAAGCCGUCUCGCACCAUCAGCGCCAGCCUAGCCGUGGUAGAGGCCGGGGUGGCCGGGGCCGUGGGUUCCGGGGCCGUGGCGGUCGUGGCGGUCGUGGAGGUCGUGGACGCGGUGGUGCCAAUGGCUCCUCCGCGGCCCCUGCUCCCGGCCAGUAGAAGCCGCUUAUAGGGAGUUGAUAAGCUGCUGUGUGAUUAAAGCAACGUUCGUCUCCGCGAGAGGCAUUUGCUUUCUGUCGAUUUGACUCCGACGCCAGCAUCAAUCUGUCUGGCCCUUCAUCGAGCCUCUCUGACCUCGCUUUCUCAAGUCUUCUCUUGCCUCAGCCCGGUGUCCUUUUCUCUAAUUUCUCUGAAAUACUAAUAAACUCAAUGGGUAACGGGAGUGCUGUCA